AUGAGACUGCUUCUGGCCUCCGCCAUCUUGCUGGCUGCCGUAGCCACAGUCCGGGCCGAAGCCACUGAAGGAAAGAAGCAUGAGAAACGAGGCCUACUGAGUAGCUACGGGGGCAUCUAUGGAGGCGGCUAUGGUGGCGGCUAUGAUGGCGGCUACGGAGGCGGCUAUGGAGGCGGCUAUGGUGGCGGCUAUGGUGGCGGCUAUGGUGGUGGCUACGGAGGCGGCUACGGAGGCGGCUACGGAGGCGGCUAUGGUGGCGGCUACGGCCUGGGCGGUGGUCUUGGAUACGGCUCUGGCAUCGGUUCCGUCAUUGGGUUUGGCUCAGGUGCCGGCCUUGGUAUCGGCUCUGGUAUCGGAGUGGCGGUGUCAGCUCCGGCAGUGAGGACCGUGACUCAAGCAGUAGCGGUUCCAGUGGCCCAGCCCGUACCUGUGACCGUCAACAGGCCCGUGCCCGUACCUGUAGCACAGCCCAUCCCAGUGUCGGUACCCAGGCCCUACCCCGUCAGUGUCCCUCAUCCCGUACCUGUAUCUGUGCCCAGGCCGUACCCUGUGAGUGUGCCCAGGCCAGUAGCUGUGCCUGUGCCUCAGGCCGUGCCUGUGGCAGUCCCUCAGCCCUACCCCGUCAGCGUGCCUCAGCCGGUCCCUGUGCAAGUGCCUCAGCCCGUGGCUGUGCCAGUGCCUCAGCCCGUCACCGUCACUAGGCCAGUGUUCAUCUCCUCCGGCCAAGGAGGCGGCGUCGGCGGCGCCGGGGGCUUUGGCUACGCUUCCGGGAUUGGAGGCGGCAUCGGCGGUGGUUUAGGAGGCGGCUACGGUUCUGGACACAGCUUUGGCUAUGCAUCUGGCUCUGGCUACGGCCUUGGAUCAGGCUUCAGCCAUGGGUAUGGUUAUGGCCAUGGAUUAGGGUACAGCAAGCAUUGA